GGUCCAUGAAAUUAUUUCGUUCGCAGUCGGUGAAUUUAUUUACAAGUUCUAUUUUGCCACCAGUUUGACAAUCAUAAUACAUAGUCAAUCGAAUUUUAUGUAAUUUAUUGUAUAAAUCAGCUGAAGUUAUAAACGAUACAAGCAUACUCGUCGUUAAAGGAAUGUUAUGGUAACAUCCACUCGACCUAUAAUAACUAUAGAAUAAAGUAUGGUAGUGCGUGUCGCAUAAAAUCUGAAUGUACAGUAGUGAUGAGUGAACAGGGUGAAAUAAGUUAUUUGGACGGAGAUAUAGUAUGGGUGAAGCUGGGCUCAUGCUGGUGGCCCGGCGAGGUGGUUGGUCCGGAGAAGCUGCCGCCAGAUCUGUUGCAGUCAUUCCGGAAGCCACCUAUAGCUGUUGUGAAGUUCUUCCAAGAAGAUACAUAUGAGUAUGUGAAGAACUUGAACAGUAUCUUUCACUAUAAUUGUAGCCGCAAGAAUGAAUUCAUCAAUAAAGGACUAUAUAUGUACAGAACAAAACAUGGCCACAUGGAAAAAUUUCCAGAAGAUGUGAUAAGAGCAGAGACAGCUGUGGGUGGUGAUAUUAAAAUCUUAACUCGGGAUGAGUUUCAAGAGACCAAAAAAGAAAGCUAUGCUGGCUUGUUUGGCGAUCCUAAAAGAACUCCUGUCUCUACUAAAAAAGGAAAGGAUUCUUCAAAGUCUUCACCUUUUAGAAAGCUUCAGGAAAAGACAAAUUAUAAAGUACACAUACUGCUGCAAGGGUCAAAAACUCCUCAAAAUACAUCUACUGAAAGUGCUUCAACACCUUCUACCAGCCGGGAUGGUGCUGAACCUUCAGAGAUACACAAAACACCAGCUUACAACAAAUCGGAUGAAAUAGAAAAGCCUGAAGACCCUUCUACUAUUUCUUUACCCAGCACACCCACAAUGUCUAGUGUAGGGCAAUAUGCUUGCCAUGCAUGUCAAUUUACCACAACUCGUUUAAAUGUUUUAAUUUUACACAACAAAACACACAGUAUCUCUUAUAUCCCAUAUACUCCAUCACCAAUAACAAAAAAACCUGUAUAUAAAACACCCAAAGCUACUCCUGUCACAUCAAAAACACCAAAACCAAAAAAGCCUAGGCAAGAUAAGAAUGAUAAACCACUUAAGAAAUCCCAAAGCCAAAAACGUGCUGCAGAACCAGAAUCAAUUCAUGAAGUCAAAAAGCCGAAAACUGAUGAAGAGAUUAAGAGUAGUCUUCUGGCUGAUUGGGAUGAUGGAGAUGAAGAAUCAAAUGAUGAAUCUCCACUAAUGGCGAUGGCGAGAUCACCUGAGAUUCCUAUUGCAGCAGAGUCGCCCGCAGUUCCGACCCCUGCUGAAUUACCUAGCGCUCAAAUUCCUGUAGAGACUAUAACUUCUGAAAAAAGCGCUAGUGACUCUACUAAUAUUACUACUUCUAGUAGUACAGAAAAGCCAGAAUCUUCGAGUGAUUCAAAAUACGAAUUUUGUGAAGAUGAAGACUGGCCUGUUGAAACUGACAUCGGAAGAAAAAUACCUCGUGUAAAAAAUCCAUCAAAAAGAAAAAGUGAAACUAAAAGUGUUAGUAUUGAUGAUGAAGAAAUGGCAAGAGAAGUUGCUGAAUUACUUAACAAAACAACUGUUCCAGAAUUACCAUCGGCGCCUGAACCUUUAAAAGUGGAGGAAAAUUUUCCGGAGCCCUCCAUUGUCAAAUCCCCAGAUAAACAGUUGGAGACACCACAAGAUCAUAGUUCACCAGAAAUAAAAGACGUAAGUGAAACACCACCACCUAAAACAAUAUUUAAAACAAAGACGUUUUUUCGAAGCCGACACUCGAGAAGUCAAGAUGCAAUAGGUAAAUAUGUAGCGGAACAGUUGAACGCCGCUGAAAGAAUGGAUUUGGCAGAAAGCGAAUUAAAUGGUGUAGAUGUAACGCCCCCGAACGAGAUUAGAGCCUCACCUCCUAUCGAACAUGUGAAAGUUGCUCGUUUGGCGCCAAAAAUUCAACUAAAAAAAAUGAAAGCUGAAGCUGCACAACUUCGAGAAAGAGAAAAAUAUAAUGCAGAAAAAUCAAAAGAGGAUAUUGUCACCAUUAAUAAUACAGACCUGGAAUCAUCAAUAACAAAUGUUCCAAACCAAAUAGAAGAUAAGGAAAAUUCCGAAUCAACAUUGACAAAUGCAAUUGAGCCAGACUUACCAACCACAAAAAAGCUUGAAAAAUCUUUCGAUGAUUACGUAACUUUAGAUUUUCCCAAAUUAGAAAAUUCAGAAAUGGAUACUGACAUUAAUAAUGAAAAUAUUGAAACUGAAAAAAAAAACAACGGAAUAGAAUCUCUAACUCAAGAUGAAAAAAGUAAACCAAAAUUGGAAACUGAAAUUAGUUCCGUACUAAAGUUUAAAGCAAAUGAGGUUGAUAAUUCGUAUGAACCCUUCAUGAAUGAAUCCACUGCAUCCGCUGUAGAUGCACUGUUAAGUGUAUCUAGAGAAGCGGAUAGAGUAACGAAAGUAAUAAGUGAUGAUCCUCCAGAAGAUCUGUUUGAAGAAGAUAUUAAGGACAACAGUAGUUUGAAUGGUUUCAAUAACACAACUCAUACAAGCAAUCAAGUUGUUGAUGUAAGUAGUGACCAAAAAAGUACUAUAACAGAUACAGAAUGUGACAAUGCCCAUCCCUUUGCUAAUGAGACUGUGAACAUAACACAACAGGAAAAUCAUAAUACUACAAAAACAUUGCAUGAAAGUAACGACGAUUCUAUUGUAAAAUACUCCAAUGCUACUGUCGUUGAAAACCCAAUUGAAGAGAUAAGCUGUAACUUGCCUUCAAAGAAUGAUAUUGAAGAAGUUGCGAGUUGUACAUUACCCGUCAAAAAUGAUAUUGAAGAAGUUGUGAGGCAUACAUUACCCUCCACAAAUAACCCAGAAGUGGUAGCGAGCCACACCUUGAUCUCCAAGAAUGACAUUGAAGAGAUACCAGAGGAGGCUGUUAGCCAUACAUUGGUACCUAAUACUGAACACACACCAGAACUUAUUUUAAACAAUAAAAAUGAAUGUUAUCCUUCAGAUAACGUCCUAUCUGAAUCAGACCUACAGAUAGCUGAAGCUCUUAUUAAUUUGCCGACGACAACUUUGCAAAAUAAAUCAUCUGUGAACCACCAAGAAAAUAGUACCUUAGCUGUAUCUAUAGAAGAUCCCCAAGUUCAUACAAAAGAAAAUACCUUUGAAGAUAUCAGUCAAGAAGAUUUAAGAAGUUGUAUAACUACAUCGCUCCAAUCUAAUAUUCAUACUUCAAAUAACGAUAAUAUAAAUUCUCGGUUUGAGACAGAACAAGAGAAAAGUGAAAAUUUAAAUGCGGCAAAAUCUUUAGUACAGAUGUCUGAAUCAAUUGAUCAUAAGAUAAAGAUUCCUGAUAUUGAUCAGCCAAACACUAAGGAAAUUUUGAGUAUACUUAAACGUAAAGAAGAAGAUGACGUGAAAAUUAGUAGUGAUUUGGCUACGAAAACUAGCAGUGAACUGAUCACUAGAGUCAGUAGUGAAGCGAAUGCUAAAGUCAUGAGCGAAGUAGAUCAUAAAGUUAGUAAUAUUACUAACGACUGUAAACAAAGUUCUUUGCUUCAUCACAAGCCUGUAGAAUUUGAUACGCAUUCUUCGAAAUUAUUGAAAAUUUUGGAGGAGCCCUGUAUACCUAAGGUAUCGCCCUUGAAAAGAACUAUCACUAAACAAGUCAUUGUACCGGGAAAAGAAAAAAUUUUAAACUUUGAAGUUGGAAAGUCUAUUAUUAAAUCCAAACCUCAAUCGCCCAAACAAAAAAUAAUUAUUCGUCGUACUGCCCCAAACAAAACUCUUCUAAACAAUAUUACUGAGGUAGCAACGCCUGACAAAAUCAUUUUAUCACGUACCAGCAAGCCCGCACAAGACGGAUCUCCUGUGCAGACGUAUACAAUACAGACUACGCCAGAGCCGCCGCCGUCUGGGGAAGGUAAUACUAUUAUUAUUCAACAAAAAAUUCGAAAACUAUCAAAACCUAUGUCCAAACUGCAAAAAAUUAAACCUCCACUCCAAACUCCACCUAUUACAACUGCAAUAGACAACAAAAGAACACAAGAUAUGAAGAAUAAAGAUGAAGCUAUAUUCGAUAUAAAUUCCAUGCCCGUUGUUCUUUCCGAUGACAUUUUAACACCAGAGAGUAUCGAAAAAAUGCCUAUUGUCAUGUCAGAUGGUAAUAUAAUUACUAAUUCAAAUAAUCCGCCUAAACUUGUGAAAACUAAACAAGUUGCAGUAGAAAAUGAAAAGGUGGCUAUAAGCGCAGUGUCUACUAAGUCAGAAAUAACAACUUUGUUAAUGAAUUCAAGUAAUGAAUUAACUAAAGUUACAACACCUAACAUUCUCUCUAAAUCCUCGAAAUUACGUGGUGCUAAGCCUAUGCUAGUGAUAGAUAAGGUAACUGGAAAACAGAAAAUUAUUAUGACAAAGACGGAACCUUCUGUUAAAGAAAUUAAACAACCCCAAACUUUAAUCCAUUCUGCUCCUCAAAGUAGUACGAAGGGAGAAAAGUAUAUUAUUUUACCUACGCAAAGUGCUCCUCGUCCUGGCAAAACACAAAAGAUUGUUAUUGACCCGCAAACUGGAAAAGCGCACGUUCUCGUUGGAAAAGGCGCAGAAUCAUCUUUAAAUGUAGCAGAUAAUAAGCCAGUUUCUGCCAAACUUAUACCUUCUGCAUCCGAUGCUAAUUCGCCGGGUAAUACAGUUAUGAUCAUUACAAACGCUCAAGGAGCUCAGUCGAGAAUAGUCCUUACACCGGAGCACGAAAAAAUAUUAUUCCCUAAUAAACAACAAAAUGUAUCUCAACUUAAAACAGUAAUGCACCGCGUAACGUCAGGUGCUAGUGCGGCCCAGAAAAAUGUUGCUACAACUCCUAACCAAACUAAAACGCGAAUUAUAUCUAAACAGAAGAGUGCUAUUAUUACUUCUAAAGGACAACUGAUAGUUGGCGGUCGGAUCGCUUCUGCGGCUCAAAAUAUAGCUCCAUUGCCAGAAAUCAGGCCAGCUCCAAAACGAAUACUGGCAGCCGAACCCAAAAAGCUUGUUCAAACUAUACAGAAAAAUUCAUCAGAGCGUUUAAUAUUUUUACAACAAAAAUCUGGAGCAGUUAUGCAGCUUACUGCUGCUCAAUUUGAACACCUACAAAGGACAGGUCAAAUAAUACAGAAAGCACCCCAGGAAAAGGCUAAGGUCCCAAAAUCCAUGGCUAUGUCCGUCAGUGAAACAGUUGUACCAGCUGUUCAAAAGCAGAGAGUGAGAAAAUCAACUAACGAUUCGCCAACACCAUCAAAAAAAGUAAAACAUGAGAUUCCUAUUGCGCCUGCGCCUACAACGAUUACCCAAAUACCUGCCCUUACGCCUUUUUCUAAUACAAUGUCUCCUGCAAUAGCAAACAUCCCUAGUAUAACUAACAGUGCAUCCGCGACAAACUAUUCAGAAUUGGACAACAUUGAAGAGUUGUUGCCCUCUACGGCGAUCGCGAGACAAGAUUCAAGGUCGUUGCAACCUGAAAUUGCCACCACCCAGACUUCUGCUUCAAUUUCGGACCCGGGGCAACUGCUGGCAGUACCCGGAGAGCAUUUUGGCGGACCGCCUGGAUCAUUUUAUCUUUGUGUGGAAGAAAAUGGUACCUUCACCGUAAUAGACAAUCGGCCUUUGGUUCUUGAAAAUAAUCAACUUGUGCCCAUGUCAGAGCCGUUACCCGUACUGGCUCAACCGGAACGUAGAGAUAUAUUAGAAGCGGCGUUAGCAAAUAGUGAUGUGUUUCAGGCAGAAACAGCACGCGAUGAUACACCUGACUUUAGGGAUCUAAACGCUAACGUAUCGGUUCAUUGUCGCGUCUCUGAAACGAGUACAACACUCCAUCAACCGAUUAUGACUACAGUAGAGGUACCAACAAAAGUUGAUACUGAACCAACCGUGCCUUCUAAUAUAGAUGACGGUUUAGCUGUAAUCGGAGUUACGCCGCUCACGGUACCGACUUCACUGGAAUUACCGAUAACCGUGACAGAUCCAAGAAUAGCACCUAAAACGACAGACCCUUUGAGUAACAGCAAUUACGGCACUACAUUAUUGCCUUCGCCUAACACUGAAGUUACUUUUACGACGACAGAACAAACGGAAGUUUCUAUAGCCGGCCCGAUAUCCAUGCCACUUCUUACAGAAGAAGAUGCAGUCGGAAAAUCAAUGCCUAUUUUAACAGAUGAUGUCGCGGAAAAAACAGUUUCGUCUGUAGAGUCUACUGUUGGAUCUCCAUCUUCGAUCGAAGUGCGGGAGUCUGAGAAUGAGGACAGUGGUCAGUGGCCGCGGCGACUACUAACGCCGUGCUCAGAUACGUCCGAGACCUCUGCUGAGAUCCCUUUGCAACCGGUGAUGCAGUUAUCUGUGAGCGACCUACCUCACGACAGUUAAACCAUUAUAAACAAUACGUCUUAAGAAUAAAACACGCAUUUCCGUCGUGAAAGUUGAUUAAUUUGUAUGAGUGUUCACAAAAUAUAUUUUAGUAGUGCUAAUCAACUGAUACAAAACGUGCAAUAGAUUAAGUUUAAAAGAUUUUUUUUCUUUGAUUCUGGAAAUUGUACAACAAGUACGCGAGUUUUAUUACUGACAAUUUGUUACUUCGUCGUAAUAAAAUAAAUUUUAGUGAAGCUAAUUCGGAAGAACUUUGCGGACGUUUUAAACGUGCAGUUGUAGAAAACUAUAUGUAAAUAUAAUAUAUUUUAUCGGAUGAGAAUUAAAGCUGUAUGUUCACAAUGCAUUGACUUCUCAUUCAAGCAAAAUAUCGUAUACAUUACUGCACAGCAAUAAAAGUAAGAAUUAUGAUUGUAAAAAUUGAAUUAUGUACUGUUGGUUCCCAUGUGUAAUAUAUUAAUUAAUGGUUAGGUAUAUUAUAAUAUUUUUAUAACGUUUAGCGAUCUUUUAAAUAUUAAUAUAGGUAUCCUUAUUUGAACACAAUGUACAAGAUAAAUUGUGCUAUUGUGUUUUCACCCGCAUUUCAUUAUAUUCUGUCUGUUUGUGAAACUACGUCAAUCAUAAACUAGAGUUUUUUAAACCUUUUGGUUAUGAGAAAAUUCAGGUUAAUUAUAGCUGAUUACUAUAAUGUAGUGUUAAUUUUAAGUACAAUAUUUGUUGAAUUAACGUUUAAUAUUGUCCAGAGGCACAUAAUAUUAAUUUGUUUGAGUGAUCUAUGUCAGAAUCAAGAUCGGACUAUAAAAAUGAUGUCUUUAGAGUAAUAAUUCAGUGUAGUUUAAGGUUUUAAUAAAUAAAACUUUAUUCAAUA